UCAGUCCAUCCCCUGCAGGUGUGGUGCCGAUGACAACGCGGAAGUGUGUUUGGCAGCAGCGCAGAGAGCCGCUGGAGUCAACUGUCCUCAGUCAGACACGAUGACCAACAACGACGAAAUCCGAUACUGUCACAAAUUCUCCUACGUCUUCCUCAAAUACCUCCUGCUCCUCUACGCCAUCGUGUUCUGGUUAAUAGGUGGGUUUAUCCUGGCCAUCGGCAUCUAUGCCGAAGUGGAGAGACAACGCUUCAAGACGCUGGAGGGAGUGUUUUUGGCUCCAGCUAUAAUCCUGAUCGUACUGGGAAUCGUCAUGUUCGUAGUUUCAUUCGUCGGAGUCUUGGCUUCACUGAGGGAUAAUCUGACUCUGUUGAAAGUGUUCAUGUACACCCUGACGAUAUGUCUGAUCCUGGAGCUGCUGGGAGGAGUCUUGGCGCUGGCGUUUCGCAACAGGACGGUGGAAUUACUGAACAAGAACAUCCGAAGGGGCAUCGUGAACUACUAUGAUGACCUGGACUUCAAAAACAUCAUGGACUUUGUUCAGAAGAAGUUUAAGUGUUGUGGAGGUCAAGAGUAUAAAGACUGGGAAGUCAACAUGUACCACAACUGCACUGCACCUGGUCCACUGGCCUGCGGUGUGCCGUAUACCUGCUGCGUUACUAAGAAGCCUAAUGAAGUGGCCAACACUCUGUGUGGGUACAAGGUGCUGGAGAAAGAGCGUUUGAAUUUAAUUGACGAAAUCUACAUCCGAGGCUGCACCAACGCGUUCUUCAUCUGGCUGAUGGACAACUACAAGACCAUGGCUGGACUGCUGUUAGGGAUCCUGCUGCCUCAGUUCUUCGGGGUGAUAGUCAGCUGGCUCUACAUCACUCGUGUUGAAGACGCCAUCAGUCAAUAUGGUAACUACAUGGACGGACUGCUGAGUUCAAACGUACAGGAGAGACAGGCUAAGAGUCAGGGCCGCGUGGCCAAAUGGUUUAUGUGUAUGCCGGAGUUCGACUGAUGGAAACAACAAGCACCAGAGUGGACUCGAGCCGACACUUCCAGUGUGUUCACAGUGUUCAGCACCAGGCUAUUUAGAGUUUGAUAUCCAAGUGUUCUUUUUUCUCCUCAGUGUCCACUGUUUGAUUAAUUAUUAAUUACUGUGUUGAAAUACGGCCUCCUAAUGGAUGAGUGGAAGUGCUUUUAGCUGCAUUGUGCCUCAGACAGUCUCAGGGAUAAACACAGAAGCCAAUACAACCACUUUUGCUACUGAUGUCUACUGUGACAUAAAGUCAGACUGUUCAGUUGCAUCACACAAUCACACGCUGCAGCUUUGCUUUACUUUCAUGCCUGCGUUUGUUUUCUUCCACUGAUUAAACCAAUACAGGAUUUCUUAUCCAACCAGCUGAGACACUGUUUCUUUUAUCUUAAAGCAGGCAAGUUUCUUAAUUGUAUGUGGAACUGGACAUGCUGAGGUUUGACACUUAAAAUGACUGAUUUUAAAUGUUCCAGUAGAAUACAUACGUCGCCUGCACAUCCGUUUAUGAGCACACAGGUGCUCACUGAACCUCAGCUCAACUGGUGUCAUCUUCAAUGAGACGUCAACAGACAUUUUCUUCUGCCUUUAACUUUGACUUUUCAUUGGAUCUUAAGUCUGCAGUAUUUUUUGUAUCAAGUACAUUUUUUCUGCACUGCACUGUUAGAUGAUUAUUUUUAUGUUGGUUUUAAAAUGAGUACAUGUAAAGCGGCACUGCCAUAACUGGGGGAUAUCUCAGGGUUAUUACGAGUAUAGCAAACUUGUCUCCCAGAAAUUAUGUUCGUAUAUUAACAUUUAACCAAUUAGUGAGAUACACAGAUUCAUGAAGUGAUGCUUCAAAGCAACAAAUCUGCUCAGUCACAAAUCGUUGAUGCCGAACGAAUUCACAAAGAUUUAAAGCUUUAAGACGUUAACUUUAAUAACUGGAAACCACAAUGUUUUCCCCUACCUUCAAAAAAAAGUGUUUUUAUUCUCUAAACCUCAUCACACACAAGACUGUCUUUGGCAUCAAAGUGCUGUGCUUUGUAGCCUUUGGACACCUGUGGCUCAGGUGGAAGAGCCGGUUGUCCACUAAUUGCAAGGUUGCUCCAUGCUUUGGGAAAACGCUGAACCUGAAGCUGCUCCCAGUGGUGCUGCGGUGGUGUGUGAAUGUGUAUGUGGGAAUAAAACAUUGUAAAGCGCUUUGAGCACUGCUGUAGUUAAAAAAAAAAAGGUGCAGACCGUUUGCCAUUUUACCGUGAGCAACCCAGACCACCCAACUACAAAUCAUUAAUUGAACAGUUGAACACUAAAACAUAAACCAGUUUGUGAUUAUUCUCACAACAGAUUUGGCAAAACAAAAAAAGUGUCAUUUCUAGGAGAUGGGGUUGCAGACAGAUAUGAAAAUAGGCUGACCAGGAUGUACUGUACAGUUGGUGGAAGCAUCCUGCAGCAUAUCAUCCAGUGUGGCUUUAAGAUUUGCAGAUAUGCACUUGUCAUGACAGAGAUGAGUAGUGAAUUUAAUUGACUACUUAAUGUGAUGACGGAGACCAAAGACCUAAUCGUUGUUGAAUUACAUUUUGUUAUUGAAAUCUCCCACCCUUUUUAUUUUAUAACUUUAUGUGACUGUUUCAGCUUUUUUUUCUGUACCUUGUGAAGCUAUUUACUGGUGGGUUGAAGGUAAAAAUGUGUGUAUAGGAGCAGUUUUCCAUUAGUUCUUACAGUAAGGCUGCACUCCCACAGGAUCAGAUUCAGUAUAAUAGCUUCUCGCUAGUUAAAAAGCAGCGGGUUUUAUGUUUGAUGAUCAUUCGAAAAUAAAUACUUUUUUUUUUUUCAUUUGCGUGGAUAUAAUUACACUGUUGACUUAAGUUACCUCAUUUGUUUGCCUCAUUAAAGCAGGCUAAUCUAAUGGAGUUAAAUGGUGGCUAAUUAAUGAGACAACAUCAUUCUCAGCAAUUCUGAUUGAAGCUAGAAGCUAAACUAAAAUAAAUAUAUUGACCCUGUUUAUAACGAUGUAACUGUUAUGUGCAUUUUUAUAGUCUGUUUUGUUGUUCAUUUUUUUUUAUCAAACUGUGUACUUAGAACCAAAGAAACUAAACCUGUUCCCUUCAGUAUGCGGGGGACGUUGUUAAGUAAGUUACACAACAUAAAGAACAUCUCACGGUCACAGGUAAAGUGCCAUUGCUGUCUUUGUAAAGAGCAAGGUGAUGCAUAAUGUGGUGUUUUCAUUGCUGUUAGGACAUUGAACUCUCUUCCCACAUGUAUGUGCCAGAGUGUAUAUGCACGCAUGCAUUCAGUAUGUGGGAGUCACUUGGAACUGCGUCAUCGGUUGUGUCGUCAGUUCGUUGACUUGCACAACAUGAAAUGAAAGACAAAUGUUCUCAGAGGUUUUGCCUGGUUGAGGGUGUAAAAUAAAAUUAUUUAAUGCCCUUCAA